CUGCAGUCGCCGGGCCACCCCGGCUGGGACCCACUCCAGAGAGCGCCCAGUGGAAAACAACCUGCCUCCAGUUGGACAAUUAACAAAGGCGCGAGCCGGGGCCGCCCCCUCUCGGCGCACGCACAUACGCAGCGUGGGCAGAGCCGCGACCGCCGGCGCUCUCCCUCAGAACAGCGCUCGCAGGCCCCAGCGCCGCGUGGGGCCGGGAGCGCGGCGCCUCUCCUUCCCUGGCUGCGCAAUCGCUGGGGCGGUCGAGCUGGCACCUUGCGCGAGCGGGAGGCAGCUGGUGAAGGAGUGAGUUCCUGCUCUGAGUUCAGACAGCGUCCGACGCCCCUAGCUGCCUGAUUUUGGACACAUUGUUUAACCUCUCCAAGGCCCAGUUUUCUUUGUAAACUUGAGAACCUGCUGACAUGACUGAUCAUGGGGCUGAUGAGCUGUCCUCUAGGACAGGGAGUCCAGACGGGGAAGGUCGGGUCCCUGAGGAGAGAUCCUUGCUCCAUCAGAGUCUAGCCGUCAGGGAACUCAUCGACACCGAGGUCUCCUACUUGCACGUGCUCCAGCUGUGUGCCUCGGACAUUAGGAGCCACCUGCAGCAGCUGCCACAGGGAGAUCUGGAUGUCCUGUUCUCAAAUAUCGAUGAUAUCAUCAAGGUGAACAGCAAAUUGCUUCAUGAUCUGCAGGAGACAGCCGCCAGGGAAGAGGAACAAGUGCAGCUGAUCGGCAACUUAUUCCUGGAAUUCCAAGAGGAGUUGGAGCAAGUCUAUAAAGUGUACUGUGCCAGCUACGAACAGGCCUUGCUGCUGGUGGAGACCUACCGGAAGGAGCCACAGCUGCAGGGGGAGAUCCAGGACACUAUUGAGGCAGUGCUGCCUCAAGCUGGACCCUCAGGCCUCAGUUUCUUGCUGGUAAUUCCUUUGCAGAGGAUUACCAAAUACCCAUUGCUGCUGCAGAAAAUUCUGGAGAACACACUCCCUGAUGCCAGUGCCUACCCUGUCCUUCAGAGGGCUACCUCUGCCCUCCAGGACGUGGUCACCAACAUCAAUGAGUACAAGAGGCGCAAAGAAGUGGCCUCCAAGUACACCAAGGUGGAGCAGCUGAGCCUCUGGGAGCGACUGGCCCGCAUCAAUACUCACACCCUUUCCAAGAAGACCACCCGGCUGAGCCAGCUGCUGAAGCAGGAGGCGGGGCUCAUACCCAAGACAGAAGACAAGGAAUUUGAUGACUUAGAAGAGAGCUUCCACUGGGUGUCGCUGUGUGUGACGGAGCUGAAGAACAAUGUGGCUGCUUACCUGGGUAAUUUGGAGGCUUUCCUCCGCUUCCGGCCCCAGGAAUACGAUCUGGACAUCCCUGGGGGGCCUGUGGUGCAGUACUGUUACCUGGCAAGAGACCUGCAGCUCCAGGCCUUCCCUGAGUUUAAACAGCGGCUGGAAGCCCUGGUGUGGCAGCCAUUGUGCAGCCUGGCCAAAGCCUUGGCUGGCCCUCAGAAUCUGAUCAAGAAGCGUCUGGACAAACUACUGGACUUCGAGAGGGUGCAAGAGAAGCUGUUGGAGGUGGGCAGCAUGACCUAUGAAGAAGAGGCGGCCCGGCACAUGUACGAGGCACUCAACUCCCUGCUAGUGGCUGAGCUCCCACAGUUUAAGCAGCUAGCUGUGCGGUGGCUGGGCCAGAUCCUGUGCACAUUUGUGACCCUCCAGACGGACCUUGCAAAGCAAGUGCUGCAGAGGGCAGAGGGCAGCUUGGCCCAGCUUCCCCACCACCACGUCUCUGAUCCAGCCUUCAGGAAGCUGGUGGAGGACGCACUGGGCCAGACCGGUCAUCAGCUUCACUCCUUUCAACAGAACUUCGAGAAAGUGCUGUCGCCUCCCACCACACAACCACUCCUUCCAGGGGCUGAACGCCAGGUGCAGGCGCUCCUGAGCAGGUAUGGCCCGGGAAAGCUGUACCAGGUGACAAGCAACAUCAGCGGGUCCGGGACUCUGGACCUGACUUUGCCUCGGGGCCACAUCGUAGCCCUCCUUCAAGACAAGGACACCAAAGGCAACAGCAGCCGAUGGCUGGUGGACACCGGAGGACAUCGAGGGUACGUGCCAGCUGGGAAACUGGAGCUGUACCACGUGGUCCCCCGUGAGGAGGAGCUCAGAGGGCAGGCGAAGCCUCACAGGGACUCUGAACGUCAGACACCAGAGCCCACCUUGGCCCUGGUCCCUUCUGUCCCAGCAGUGACCCAGGUGGUGGCAGUGUACCCCUUUGUGGCCAGAAGCAGCCAUGAAGUGAGCCUGCAGGCAGGCCAGCAGGUGACUGUCCUGGAGGCCCAGGACAAGAAGGGGAACCCAGAAUGGAGCCUUGUGGAAGUGAACGGACAGAGGGGCUAUGUGCCUUCCAGCUUCCUGGCCAGGGCCCCAGGUCCAGCUCUAUGGGGCUGGAGUCUGCCCUCUUAGGGUGCCCUCCUUGGAGCCCAUGUUCCAAGAGGCUUAGAGGCUGUGACCCUGGGAG